AUGUACGGCAAGCGUCUGCGAACCAUCGGAGACGAUCAUGUUACUCGCGUUACAGAGGCGGAGUCCAUGGAGCAGGACAUACGUGUCCUGCUUGAUCAAAUCCAUGGUUUCUACAAGAAGGCGCUCAAUCGGCUGCCGGUAAAGGGGAUUCGCUCGUUGGCACCGCGCCUUCUCAAGGCCGGCCUUUGCAUCGGCUUCCUCGACCCAAUCUCCAACAUCAUCCUCAACACCAUCUCCUACUGUCCUUCGCCGUUGCCCAGCCUCGAGGAGGGUGUACUGGCGAGGAAGACGAUCUUGUCCAAGAUCAUUACCGACACUGACGACCCCAGAGUCUUUGAAUUACCGCUGGACGCGCACGCGGCCCACAGCAUGACGGUCGCGCGGCGGUCUCUGGAAGGUCUCGUGAGCUUCCUCAUCUACUACUACCGCUACCUCGCGGAGGCAGAAGCCCUGCGCUACCUGCGCCUGGCCGGGGCCGACCUCCUCGUUGCCGUGUGGCUUAUUGAUCAAGAUCGUAACAAGCCCUCAGUGUCCGUCUCUGACCUGCUUGACAGGAAGCCUCCGUUCGAUAUCUCCUCCCCUACCACCAAAAUAGCCCUGCGCUGUGCAGCCGCCUCCGCGAGGCACCCCGAACCAGCCAUUCUGGUGAGUACGUCACUGUUGCUGGCAUCGUCGCUGGGUAAUGUAUCUGAGUAUCUACAUCGGCAUCCCCGCCUCUCCAUUAGAAUGGUAAGGUGCCUCCGCCAGUGGCUCAGUCUUCAAGACUGUCGAGAUAUGCCCCCCAUGGACAUAUGGCGUCCCAUGUAUCUUGCCACUUUACGUCUUGCUGUUGGGAAGAGGAAGGAGAAGAAGGAGAAUACUACGUCUGGAUAUACAGAGUCUUUGAAGCUGUUGCUUCUCGACAAGAUCCACGAGCUUUACCUAGAUGCUCUUUCCAAGCUAUCUGGAGAUGGCUUGUGCAAGCGUCUCGCCUGCAGCCUCCUCAAGGCUGGCUAUUGCUAUGGCCCAAUGGAUCCUGUCUCAAACAUCAUCCUCAACACUGUCUGGUAUGGCUCUACAUUCUCUACACCAUGA